AUGCCGCGAGACGAGCUGCCUAUGGUUCAUCUACUCCUGCAGCGACAGAGGGGCCACCCAGUAUUAGAAGGAUGUCCAACGGCUGCAGAUAUUGGAGACUUGUCUUUGUUUCUUGGGGCAGCAGGCGCUGCGCAAGACGCAACAUUUCUAAAAGCAAACAAUAUUCAAGCAGUUAUUGCCGUGGGCACUGGCAAUCUGAUUGUGAAGCCAUGUGACGUAUUGCUGAUUGAUAUCCUCGACAUGGAAGACGAACUUCUCUUGCCUUAUUUUAAUAAGUGUAUCCACUUUAUAAAAAAGCAUUUGAUGCGUGAGACAUCGGUGCUUGUACAUUGUGUAUACGGUCAGUCACGCAGUGCUGCUGUCUGUGUCGCUUAUCUAAUGGCUACACAGGACAAAACACUCCUUGAAGCAUAUGAUGUUGUGCAACAAGCUCGACAAUGUAUCUCUAUAAAUCCUGGUUUCUUACGACAACUGGAAUUGUUUGAGAGAAUGGGAAAUGAUCCGGAGGUUAUGGGCAGUACAUCUGCUCAUGCCGAAUUGAGAACAAUGAUGGUACGACGACAGCGAAUGCAGACAGGAGUAGCAGAUAUUGUUGCAGUCCCACAACUCACGCGGCCAGGUACAUCGAUAUGCUGCCGAAAAUGUAACUACCUGCUGUGUACGACGAGGAAUCAGUUACCACAUUUGGCCCCGGGUGAAGCAACCAGCCGAAAAUUUUGUGCCGGAAUUUUUAUUGAACCGAUGGUAUGGAUGAUGACUCUGUCUAGCUUCAUCAGCAAUAACAACGGCAAGUUACUCUGUCCGUCAUGCAAAGCUAAACUUGGCUCGUGGAAUUGGCUCGGUGUCAAAUGCAACUGCAAACGUUUCGUCACCCCAGCGUUUCAAUUGGUUCCGAGUAGAACGCAGGAGCGUGCGCUAUAG